CUCAACCACCAUCUUCGCCUUCGGCGACCUCGCCCACUUGACAAAGUCUCGCAGAAACGAUAUGAACGACAAGAGUUUUUACUCUGAGCGCGAACAACGCCGUGCCAGCAGCAACUCUGGCUCUGAUCCUAACUCCGCUGGCCUGUUCGCGCGCAUUCGCAGCAUCAAUGGUCUUGCCUUGAACACACUCGCCUCGUUCUUUGCGAAAACCUCGCCUUACUCUCCUCGACACGAUGAAUACUUUGAUAACUUCGGCCCUGGCGACCAGCAGCACUCUCUGUCUACUAAUCGUCGGCUCUCGUCCUUGUUCGAACCUCGUAACUCUCGCAGCGGCAAAGGCUUCGUACACGGACCCGCCAAGGGCCCUCUCGGGUCUCCUGCUCAAAUCACCUCGUCACAAGCGCCUGCUCAACACGACACUGCCUCCUCUGGCUCUGACCUCGAUCUGACGCCACCUCUGACUCCCGAUAUCGCGAACAACGAAUCGCACUCCUUCGACUCGCUCUGUUCCUUCGCACAUUCUGGCCUUGGCGAAUUUCGUGACGACACCCCGCCUCCCUUGCACUCGCCCGAAGUUAGGGAAGGCAAGAAGCCGGAACGCCGCAUCUAUGAAGAACCUCCCGGCGAUGACUUCUCGGGUACCCUGGACUUUUCCGCCGCCGCUUCUACGCCUGCUGUCGCCGACGACUCGGAGGAAUGGGUUGGUCUGGAGUACUCCAUUGAGCUGAGCACGCGCGAGCGCCAUAUCUCGGAUGCGCUGUCGCAUGCCUCUGCUGGCGAACAUUCGAAGAGCCGCGAGUCCUGGGCCGCGUUGCACGCUGGGACCAUGCAUCCAAUUGUGGAGGAAGAAGAGUACUCACGAUGGGUAAAUUGGCAUCGGUAUCUGGAUCAGCAGGAGGAGCGGCGGCGCCACAAGAGGGGGUACGAGUUCAAGGCGCGCUCGCGGGAGAUGGCGUUGUUGUAUCUGGAGGAGCUUAAGCUGCGGGAUGUGAUGUAUAGGAUGAAGCCAACCGGAGUGCUUAGAGAUAAGCUGGAGAAAAGGCUCGCGCUUGUGGCCGAGCUGCGUCCGGAUCCCUAUACUCCUGCGCAGAAGCAUGUGGAGAGCUGGUAUCUUAAGCGCUCUCGCACGAUCUCCUGCCUCGCCGAGCUGUACUAUGACUGAGGCCGUUCUUGCCGUAAUGUAUGUCUGGAAUGAACUGCCUGACAUUCUAUGCGAUGCCGCGCCCGGAAAUCCGCCCAUCGCAUUUGGUUAUCCG